AUGGACAUUUCUUUAUUGGAAGCAGUUACAUGGGAAUUGUAUAAACUAAAAUACUUUGCGAUUCCCUCUAAAAGAGUAGUUUCUCUAAUAUGUAAACAAGUGUCAAAGCAUAACCUAACUCUUUUACCAAUUUUGCUGGUAGAAUUUUCUAUAGAAACCCUAAACGAAGAAUCUCCAGUAGCAAACCCAGAAAUUCAUAAAGGAUUAGGUAUACCAUUAAAAACAUACUCUUUUCUAGUUACAGGUAGGACUAAAGGGAAAGCUUCCUUUAAUUCAGGAGAUAAACCUUUAUUAAGUGAAGCACGUAAAUCUAAUAUUCUUUUAAACCCAUCCGACGUUAAAUGCUCUUUCUUUUUAAUUAUGUUAAAACAUUGUUCAAACAAUAGGAAAUCAGAAUAUUUGGCACUAACUAACGGGUAA